AUGCAAUUGGCAGGAGUCACAGGGGAGGGCGUGAAGAUUUACAACGUCUCCGCCGGUAAAUCCCUUCCGGAAUGGCUGGCAGAAAAGAAGAAGGCUGCUCUUCGAUACGAUGGCGACUAUAGGCGACGGCUGGAGCUCAUCCAGGACACAAAGUUCCCCGUGGCCUGCCAGCGCGUGAAGACGUCGCGCGAUGGCCGGUUCUUGUUCGCCACCGGCACCUACCCGCCGCAGAUCAAGGUGUACGAGCUGUCGCAGCUCUCCAUGAAGUUCGAACGCCACCUCGACGCACAGAUUGCGCUGGGCGACGACUUUGACAAACUCGUGUUCCUGCGGGCGGAUCGAUCGAUUGAGUUCCACGCGCGCUACGGUCGCUACUUUGUCACCCGAAUCCCCAAGUUCGGGCGCGACAUGGCCUACCACUUUCCCUCGUGCGACCUGCUCGCCGUGGGCUCCUCGCGCGAAAUCUACAGACUCAACCUCGAGCAGGGCCGCUUUCUCUCGCCGAUGGUCGCGCAAUCGUCGUCACUGAACGUGGUGGGCGUGUCGCCCCUGCACGGCCUCCUGGGCGUCGGCGGUGUGGAGGGCCUGGUGGAGUUUUUCGAUCCGAGACAGAAGCAGGCCGCCGGCAAGGUGAGUACCGCGGCGGGCCUGAUGGACGCAAACGCAGAGACCGCCGGCGCGGGCGAGCGCGGGUCGGAAGUGACCGCCCUCCGCUACAACGACGACGAUCCGCUUCAGCUGGCGGUCGGCACCGGGUCGGGCCAUGUGAUGCUCUACGACCUCCGGUCCUCGCGACCGAUGAUGGUGAAGGACCACAUGUACCGGGUGCCCAUCAUGGACAUCAAGUACCACCGCUCGCCGCUCUCCUCGUCGCCGCUGAUCCUCUCCACCGACCAGAAGAUUCUCAAGAUCUGGCACCCCGACACGGGCAGGAAUUUCGCCAACAUCGAACCCGGGUCGGAGUUGAACGACGCGUGCGUGAUCAAGGGCACCGGGUUGAUCUUCUUGGCCGGCGAGCAGAGCAAGAUCAGCUCCUACUUCAUCCCGUCGCUGGGACCGGCGCCGCAGUGGUGCUCCUUCCUGGACAACCUCACCGAGGAGCUCGAGGAGGACUCGACGCCCAUGAUCUACGACGACUACAAGUUCAUCACCAUGGCCGACAUCCAGCAGCUCGGCGCCACCAACCUCAUCGGCACAAGCUACCUCCGUGCCUACAUGCACGGUUUCUUCAUCGAUCUGCGGCUGUACAACAAGAUGAAGGCCGCCGCGGAUCCGUUCGCCUACGACCGAUACCGCAAGGAGCGCGUUACCGCUCUGCGCGAGGAGGCCGCCUCCAGCCGCAUCCGCGCGACCAAGAAGAAGGUGGUCAAGCGCUCCGACCUCCAGCCGGCGCUCGAGGCCGCCGCCGCCGACUCGCGAUUCGGCGACCUGCUCACCGACCCCGCCUUCUCCAUCGACACACGCUCCGAGACCUUCAAGCGCCUCAACCCUAUGGGCACUGCGGAGGCGGCGUUCGACCACUUCGAGAAGGUGCAGCUGGAGGGAGAGGAGGCGGAGGAAGAGGAAGGGGAGGAGGAGGAGGAGGCCGUGGCUUUGCCCUCGAAGAAGACGAAGGGGCAGAAGAAGACCAAGGGUGGACCUGCCCUCUACGAGCUUUCGGGCGACAAGGAGGCCGCCAUUUCGAUUACCGCCACCGCCUCAUCAGGCAAGCGAAAGAGGGAGAAGCAGUCGCUGGAGGAGCGACUCAAGAGCGUGCCCACGACGACCGACGGCCUGAGGAGGCACACCGACGGCGCGAUGCAACUGACCUUCGUGCCCAAGACCUCCUCGAAGAAGCACAAGGGAGGGCCCAACAAGAGACCAGAGGCUGGCGGCCCGAGCCAGGACGGACGUCAGCGGAGGAGUGCGGGCAGGCUGGGCAAAUAA